ACCUCAAGAGCGCACAUCAAGAACAGCGUGAGUUUUGGUAAAAGCCGUAGUUUGAUAUGGUUUCACUUGUUUUCUUGCAACAGGACUCGUUAGAGACGCACGCCAGCCCACGUCAUUUAUUUAUUUUUUUAUAGUUAAAGGAUGAAAACUGUUUUUGAAGAAGACAGAACUCCACCGUGAAGUCUAGGAAGGUCUUUUUUUUUUAACUACCUGUACUCUUUUCUCCAAAGGUAGUCUCGUCGAAUAACGUUGGUUGGUGCAGAAUGUGGACAAAACAAGAAAUGCGUAAAAGGGCUCAAGUGGAAGUGAGGAAAAGUGAAGUGUGAGGCUGAGAAUGACACCAAGGGGCAACUGGGCUGCAAGUUUCCUGAGCUUGGAGAUUUGACGAGGGCGCAACAACAGGGGAAAGUGGUAAUGCUGCGCGCUGGAUCAGUCCUGCAGUAUUGAACUGUAAUAAUUGGCAGAUCUGCGCAUUAACGCACAUCAUAUUUUGCUCAAAAAUCUGAAGAUAUGAACAAUCAGUAAAAGAGGACCAAUCGUAAUUUAGCACACAGUUUACAACGAACCCCCACUGGAUCCAAAUCAAUUCACAACACUUUGUCCAAAUUAUUCGACUCCGAUCCUUUUCCCUUCAUUUUUGCAAUUCUGAUUCCCGAAGUGGCUCCGAAGUGGUGUUGCGGCUCCUCGUCCCCGGCGGAUCCGGAGAUUGGAGGCUCUGCACCGGGAGGAGGCGGAGUCGGAGCUCCGGCCACACCGCAGGCUCCCAAGAGCGGCCGCGUCAAAAGGAUGGUGCGACUGGCGGCGGAACUGCUGCUGCUCCUGGGACUCCUUCUCCUUACCUUGCACAUCACGCUACUACGGAGCAGUCCGCUGCCCCAGGGAAAUGAAACUCUGAGCCUGGAUCAGGACACAGCACUUACAGAGCAGAACAAUAUAAAUGCAAAAAGCAGCUCCUCUGCCCAACUGGCUCCUGAAGACCGGAGGUCUGGUCCAGAACACCGGUUGGCCCACCGGCCUGCCACCCUCCCCUGGGCACAAGGCAGCAACGUACAUAGGGACGGCCCUGGAGCUUUCCUCCUCGAUCUGCACAACUUCCCCGACCUCUCCAAAGCCGAUAUCAAUGGACAGAAUCCCAACAUACAGGUGACUAUUGAAGUGGUGGAUGGACUAGAGGGUCAUGAGCCAGAAAAAGGCCUCCGUAAGGAGAGCAAACCCAGCUGGGCUUCUCCUAACUGGAGAAACUGGUGGCCUCAUUCUUCUUCACCUUCCUCCUCUUCCACCACUCAUCAGACAGAGGAGCACGAUCGCACCUACGGGAGCAACAGCAAGGACAGCAACUUCCUCAGGCCCCCGGCAGACUGGGACAGAAGAGGAGGCACCGGGGGAGGAAGCAAAGCUCAAACUGAAUAUGACUAUAUGGAUGGAGAGGGGGACUGGAGUAACUGGACAGUGUGCAGUGUCACCUGUGGAAAUGGCAACCAGAAGAGAACCAGGUCAUGCGGUUACGCCUGUACAGCCACCGAGUCCAGAACUUGUGAUAUGCCCAACUGCCCAGGUAUUGAAGAUGCCUUCAAGACAGCAGCUACUGAAGUGAGCCUGUUAGCUGGAACAGAUGAGUUCAAUGCCACGGAGCUCUUUGGUGUUGACACAGACAGCUGCGAGCGAUGGAUGAACUGCAAGAGCGACUUCUUGAAGAAGUACAUGACCAAGGUGGCAAACGACCUUCCCAGCUGCCCUUGCUCUUACCCAACUGAGGUGGCGUACAGCACAGCAGAUGUACACGAUGCUCCCACACGCCGAGAUUUUCGUUGGAAAGACGCCAGCGGGCCGAAAGAGAAGCUGCAGAUCUACAAACCCACGGCCCGUUACUGUAUCCGCUCCAUGCUGACGCUGGAGUCCACCACGCUGGCAGCACAGCACUGUUGCUACAACGACAACAUGAAGCUCAUCACUCGCGGCAAAGGGGCCGGCACGCCCAACCUCAUCAGCACAGAGUUCUCAGCCGACCUGCACUAUAAGGUGGACAUCCUGCCCUGGAUCAUCUGCAAAGGAGACUGGAGCCGCUACAACCAAGCCAGGCCGCCAAACAACGGACAGAAGUGUCCCGACAACCCUCAGGACGAGGACUACUACAAACAGUUUGAAGAAGCAAGGGAAUUCUAGCCGGCUGUAAAGUAAAAGGAAGAAAAAACAAACACUGCGUAAAUGUUCAGCUAAACCUCAAAAAUGAAAAAACAUUUUUUUUAAUUCCGUUUUAGAUCAAAUCACAAAAGAACUUUUAGGCUCUGAGGAACCAUACUUACUGCUGUUAUGAACCAAGAGGAAUAAAAAUCAGAACACUCACAAGGAAUUUUUCUUGACUUCACCAAAACCAGGCACACAAUGUUGCUCUGUUUUUUUAAAACAUUUUUCUUUUCUUUUUUUUAUAAAAUAUGCCUCUUAAAAAAAAAAAAGAAUGACAUUUUUGCCAGUAAUUGUGUCACCAAUUGUAUUUUUCUUCUUCAGAUCUGGUCACUAAAGGGAGAACUGAGUUUGUAUUCUUAAAAAGGGAAAUUUAUUAUUCUAGGAAUGUUCGUUUAGAUUGUGUCCAUGUUCGUCUCCAUAGAUUGUUUAUGUUUGGUGAAUCUGAGAGGCCUGUGGUAAUAGAAUAAUGAGAUCCUUCAGGAAUGUUUUGGGUGGGGGGGGGACAGAGAACAGGGUUUUCUAAUUUUCUCUCGUUUUGUCAUUCACAAUAUCCAGGUUCUCAUGUAAAACUUGAGUUUAUUUAGCAUGCACAUUGUUUUUUUUUUUUUCACCAAAAAUUUACAACCGUGUCCCUUGUGUCUCUGAGGCAGAUCGUUACUGUAAAAAGCCUGCAUUAUUUUUGUAAAGUAUUUAUUAAGUUGUAGCUGUGUCUGAGUUGGGUGUCUAUGAUUCUGAUUCACAUAUGGCUGAAUGCCAAUUUGAGAUUAUGCUCGAGCUGAAACUUUGGCAGCAAUGUGCGUAUUUGUGUCUCAAGUUAAGAUUAAACCAUAAUAGAGCGUAAAGAAUGUGUGAAUUCAACUAUACGGAAAGAUUUUUGAGAUAUAAAUCUAUAAAUACAUUUUAAAAAGGCUAUUGAAUGUGUUGCUAGAAAAAAAAUCUUUGUGCGUAUGAUCUUCAUGGCAAAUAAAUCUUAACACAAUUUCAAGUAAA